AUGUCGGUCAACAUCACCGUCGCCGUUCCCCUCGAGGCCAUCGCCGCCAUCAAGAGCGGCAACUCCGGCUCCACCAUGGGCGCCGCUCUGUCCGCCACAUCUCGCGCCGUCGUUGCAGCCGUCAUGGCACUCCCAUACGACAUCAAAGCGAGCACUGAAGAAGACCGUCACACCGACAGCGAGGGAGAGAAGUCCGCGGCUUUCGCACUCGCGGCGCAGUCGCAUCUCGACGACAGCUUCACCGUCACCGUCCUUCAUCGCGCUGAUGUCAAGCCCGCUGCUGUGAUUCGCGUACAUGGCUCCACCAAGGUCGGACAGUUGGCGCAGCUUAUUCAGGAUGCUACGGAGGUGUCCAAGUAUCUGCAGUACCUGGUUUACGACCACAAGCCGUUCUAUGAUGGGUCGAGAGGGACUUAUGAUGAGGAUGUGACGUUGSAUGAGGUGAGUUUUGAUUGCUGUGGCGGAUACUGA